CUGCAGCGUUCAGAGAGGGAGUAUGUUUCGCUGUUGCUCUCGGCUCGAGACUACUUUUACGUUGAACAGUUGGAACCGGUUUUGAAAGUGUUCGAGGUGUGGCGUGGGCGAGUGCUGCGUUCAACCAUAUAACACUAUUUUCUUAAGUUCAAAAUAAACUUUUGUGUACAUUUAAGUGCGACAAACUACUACAGUGACUCAUUAUCUACUUUCGAAACGCUAUCGUUAAAUCCAGAGCGAGCGAGACAGCUGCCACGAAGCUUAGAGAGUGAGCGGGACAACAUCAAUAGUGUCCAGUUCGAAAACCGGUUUCAAGAAAGGAUAUAAGUUUUUUGUUGGAGGGAAAAAAGUGAUUUUCGAACGCAUCAUCUAGUUAUGCACGAGUUCCAAAUUCGAUUGCUGUGAGUGUGUGUGUCUUACCGGUCGUGCGUUCAGUGUUCAAAGUUUAAAAGUGGAAUUAUCAAGAUGGCCGCGCUUCCCGCCUUUUUCGGUCUGCUUAUGGUCGCUGUUGUCACAGCUCAAAAUGUUGAAAUCACUCCACUGAAGGCAGUGCGACGUGUUGGUGAUGAGCUGAUAGUGCUCUGCAAAGUGCCAUAUCGUAUCGACUCCUGUCGAAUGACCGUGGGCCCCACGUCUUACCGACUGAUACCCAAUAACCAAGGCGACGUAGUAUAUCAUGGACAAGGCUUGGAGGUGGGAGAAUGUGGUGCCCAAAUCAAACACAUCAAGGAGGAGUGGAACGGAAACAUCUCCUGCGUCCUGCCGCCGAAGACUGGCAGCAUCGAAGUCACUGGCACCAUGCAGUUGCUCGUCGCAAGGGCUCCUGGAGAUCCGCAGCUGAUCUCUCCACCGCAGUCGUCUUUCAAGGAAGGUGACAUCUUCAUGGCACAGUGCAUCGUGCCCAACGGACGACCCGCCGCCAAGAUUACUUGGUUUUUGGACGACGAGCAAGUGCUAGCGGGGACUCACCAACCUAUCGUGACCUCGGAACCGGGCAGCGACCUGCAGACGAUCCGUCAGAAUGUAAGCCGGGCGCUGACCGCGGAUGACAGCGGCAAGAGACUGGUCUGCCGCGCUGAACAUGAGAGCCUUGACAAACCUAAAGAAGCUAGCAGGCAGCUGCUUGUUAAUUACCCACCGAAACGGCUUGACGAUAGCUCUAGCAUUACGAUCUUCGGGCUGAAGAUAGCAGAGGAAGGUCGUCUGAACGUGACAGUCCGAGCCAACCCGCGCCCCCACGCUGAGUGGACCAUCGGUGAUGUCAAACUGACAGCGCCGCAAAAGAACGAAGACGCGUCCAUUGAAGCCCUCGAGCCUGUACAUUUGGGUGGUGGUUACUACAAUGUGACAUUGGUACUCGCUCGCGUGGCCAAGGAGGACGUAGACCGCACAUAUUACUUGACUGUGGCUAAUGACUUGGGCCGCGAAGAUUUCUCAGUACGACUUAGCACGAUGGAUGAACCUGCCGGUGUGGAACUUGAAACCGGAGCUAUUGUUGGAAUAGUAAUAGCUGUUAUAUUCCUAAUCAUCGCCAUAUUCCUCGUCGUAUUCGCCAAAGCAACUGACAGAUGGUGUUUUGCAGGGCGGUCGCACCGCACCGACAUCCCCGACGGGGCGGAUUCCGAGGCGCCACUGCCCCCGCACGAUGACGUCAAGGGCUCCGAAAAUCCCUCGCACGACCACGGCGAGUAUAUCAGCAAUGGAGACACAAAACACCCCGAAAAGAAACCCGACACCGCCGUCUAAAUCGUAAGUUAAAUCUGUCACUCAGACAACAACCUCGGAGCUAUUCAUUUUAUCAUUUUAAAAUUAAUUUCCUAAAGUAAGUUCCCGGUUCUGAGUGACAGUUUUAAACGAUAGCAAGUACGUUUCGAUAUUGGUUUGGUAUUGCCAGAUUUUAAAUUGUUACUUAUUGAAAUGUUGGUAACGACUGAAAAAUUAUAAAUAAGUUUUUCAUUACAUUGACUUAAAUGCUAUAAUAAAUAUUAAAUGCCCUAUAAACUAUAUACUGUUCGCAUUACUGCCGCUUUUAUUAUAAUAGGUGUGCAUAAUAUAUUAAAAAUAAUUGUCUUUUUCUCAUGUUGUCCACCAUUUAGAAUGUUUACGUAACGAUCGGAGAAAAAGCCAUGCGACCUUUGAUUACUCUUUGUACGUAACCUACAAAUAUUUAAAAAAAAUGUAUAACAACGUGAGUGUUGCCAGUAGUAAACUGUAAAAGAUUUUCCAUCUGUAUUUAUAAGAAUGUUUAAUAUAGGUUACACGUACUUAUUGUUCAAACAUUAUAAGAUAAACCUAAAGAAGUAUGGCUUUUUAUUCGAUCGCACUUCUAGAAUAAUGAUGUUUUUGAUGUAUUAGUAGUGAAAAAUAAUAUUAAGAAACUCGUUGACAUAAUUGAAAACGUAAAUACAUAUAUCAAUAAUGUAUUACAACGAAUCCCAACGUCAAAUAAUAAGAUUAGGCCGUAUCUAUCUAAAUAUACAUAUAUAGAGAAAUAACAAAUACAGCUACUUAAAAUAUAAAAUGUAGACAAGAACUUUUACAUUCAUUCUUAGAAUUUAUGAAUUUUAUAUAACUGUUUCUCGAUGUACUGCUUGCGAUUUUAUAUCAGUUUUUAUACGAUAGACUUUUUAAAAAAUGUUAUAUUACCGUCUAGAU